CAGUAGUUGUCUUAUUAUUUUGUCUUUGCUUGUAAUAUCACGUGUUCUAUUUCUAUUUGAUUUGAAUUCCUCCUGCACCUGCUAACCAACUGCGCGCAUUUCAGCAACAGAAGCAACAACAUGGCAAAGAUUGGCAGACUCUCCACCAAAGAUGCGGUGCUCCUUCUGUGCGACAUGCAGGAGAAGUUCAGACCCAACAUCUUCCAGUUCAGCAACAUUGUCAGCAAUGCUGCCAGAGUGCUCCAGGCCAGUCGUAUUCUGAACAUCCCUUCCAUUGUGACAGAGCAGUAUCCAAAAGGUCUGGGACCCACAGUGCCCGAGCUGGGAGCAGAGGACCUCAAAGCUCAUGCUAAAACCUCAUUCACCAUGAUGAUAGAGGCGGUGGAGAAGGAGCUGGAGGCUCUGGGCAACCCCAAACAAGCAAUACUGUGUGGGAUAGAGGCGCAUGCUUGUAUCGCUUGCACCACUUACGAUCUGCUGGAGAAGGGCGUGGAGGUCCAUAUUGUGGCUGAUGCUGUCUCAUCCAGAAGCCAGACGGAUCGUUUGUUUGCUCUGUCGCGGCUGAAGCAGAGCGGAGCUUUCCUCACCACCACAGAGGCCGUCCUGCUGCAGCUGGUUCAGGACGCCAAGCACCCCAACUUCAAAGAGGUCCAGAAGCUGUUGGCCCACCCGUCCCCUGACACCGGCCUUCUCGCCUUCUUCAGCGCUCUGUAGACGGAUCGCUACCCGUCCAAGUGUUGCGCCAUACAGACCUUCAAUGUAUCCAACACAUUUGUUAAAAUAAUAAAGCAAUGCUGCUACU